CUUGGAAUCAUCAACAUAACUAGCAUUAAAAACAAAUCACAAAAAUGUCUCUCUACAUUAAAUGGGCUGUCAGAGCAUUGGAAUUUCUAGGAUUAUGGAAAAAAUCUGGAAAAUUACUAUUUCUCGGAUUAGAAAAUUCUGGGAAGACCACUCUGUUGCAUAUACUAAAAGAUUUGGCCAAAGACCGUAUAACUCAACUCGCGUUAGAGUUACAUCCGAAAUUCGAAGAGUAUUCAGUUGAAAACAUAAAAUUUAAAACGGUCGACUUGUGCGACCAUUCUCAAGCGAGUAGAAUAAGGAAAGACAAUUUUCCUACUAUAGAUGCGAUAGUAUUUUUGGUGGAUGCAAGUGACCGAACUAGAAUAAAUGAAAACAAAUUCGAAUUGUAUUCACUUUUGCUCAAUGAACCGUUGUGCAAUUGUCCGGUGCUUGUUCUCGGUAACAAAAUCGAUAGGCCAGGUGCACUUUCAGAACACGAAUUUAAGACGGUCUUUUCUCUAGCUCAAACCACUGGCAAAGGACGUGUAGCUAGAUCAGAACUACCGGGACGUCCGUUGGAAGUGUUCAUGUGUUCAGUUUUAAAACGCCAAGGUUACACAGAAGGAUUUAGAUGGCUGGCUCAAUAUAUUGAAUAA